AUGGCAGCCAACGGCUCUCUGGACGUGCACAGCUCCCUGCUGGAGAAUGGCUUUGCCGGCACCGACGACCUCGUUUCGGACUGGUACAUCUACGAAACCGCGGAGCCGGCCGCGCCGCAGGACGACAUUUUCCCCAGUGUUAUCCCAGACUGUGACCCCACCGUUUCUCCUAGACUCUAUCACACCUGUAUGGCACCCAUCUCUCUGGCUGUGCUCAUUGGCUUGUCCUUGCUGGUGAAACGCAAGCGUCUCCACCCAAACUGCUGGAAUGGCAUCCCGGGAUUGCUGAGCCCAGCCAAUUUUCUGGAGGAGGAGGGCAACCGAGGGCUGGUGGCUGCAGUGUUUGGCAUCCUGUUUUCCUUCCUCUGCGUGCUGGUGCUGGACAGUGACCCCCUGCCUCUCAUCUCCAACUCAUCCCAGCACAACCGUGAGUACUGGAAGAUCCUGGCUUUGCUCUAUUACCCUGCCUUCUACUACCCGCUGGUUGCUUGUGCCACGGUCAGGCAUAGAGCUGGCUACCUUGUGGGCUGCCUGCUCUCCUGGUGCCACUGCGUGGUCCAUAUCUGGCAGAAGGUGGAUUGCCCACAGUCGCCUAAGGUAUACAGGUACUACUCUGUGCUCUCUUACGUCCCUAUUAUCCUCUGUCUCGUGGUUUUAAGUCUUUGGUACCCAGCCCUGCUGAUCCGGAGCUUCACUGGGCAGGAGGAGUCCUUGGAGAAGGAGGUUACAGAGAGAGGCUAUUACAAGAAGUACCUCAAGGCUCUCUUGUCCAAACGAUCUCAGCAGGGCAGUUCCACGAAGAUAGAAGAGAGCUGCUUAUCAAGGGUCCAGGCGUACCUAUGCUCAUACGUCUACGCUCCCCGGGAAGGUUUCCGGAUCCCGCUGAAACUCGUCCUCUCCAUAACCACGUCCGUGAUCGCUGUGUACCAGGUAGCCCUGCUGCUCCUUGUGGCUGUUGUCCCCACCAUUCAGAUCGUGCGAGCGGGAAUGACCAAGGACGUGGUCAUACUGCUGGUUCAGUUUGGCCUGGUGCCCUCGGAGAAUCCUGGCGGGGUCCCAGGUGACAUGGAGACAGAGCUCAACACUGUCAAGUACUACCUGUGGUCGCUGGAAGUGUGUUACAUCUGCUCCCUGGUGCUCUGCUGCCUGCUGACGUUUGCCAUGCUGAUGAGGACCCUGGUGAUGCACAGGAACAACCUGAAGGCUUUGUACCAAGGGGCUGUGCUGGAUGUCUUCUACAAAGCCCACAUCCUGCGCCCUUCUCGACAAGCCGUCGUCUGCUGGAUGGGCUUCGCCAGCUUCCAGACUGCUUUUGCCUGCCUGGGUCUUUUCAUCCAGCAAGUGAUUUUCUUCAUCUGCUCGGUGGCUUUUACCUUCUUCUUUGUUAUCCCACUCCAAACUGGCACAAACAUGUACUUCUUCAAAAUCCUUCAGAACAUGUGGCCCUUUUGGCUGACCCUGGUUGUUGCUGUGAUCAUGCAAAAUCUGGCAGCUCACUACCAAUUCCUGGAGCAACAUCCUCUACGGAAGGAGCUGACGAACAGACGAGCCCUCUAUAUAGUCACCUACUUACUCUUCCCCAUUAAUGUUCUGGUGGGUGUCCUGGCUGGGCUCUGGAGGAUGAUCAUCUCUGCCCUUUAUAAUGCCAUCCACUUCUGCCAGCUGGACAUCAGCCUCCUGAACCGCAAUGUGGAGACUUUUGACCCAGGCUACCACGCUUACUGCCACUAUCUGAAAAUCGAGGUCAGCCAGUCGCACCCAGUGGUGAAAGCCUUUUGCUUGUUGCUCCUGCAGUUAUCGAGGCCUGAGGGGCAGCCGGGGCUUAGGCCCAGCAAUGUAGAAGAAGGCAUCCAGCUGAUGCAGACCAAGAAGGCACCGUCGAGCAGAGCCAAGUUCAAGCAGAGCCGAGCCCGGUGGUGGCUGGCCUACACACUCCUCAACAACCCAUCGCUGAUGGCCUGUCGGAAAACUGCCCUCUCUGACCCCACAGUCAAUGGUACCCAGCUCAGCUCCCCCAAACCCUGA